GUUGGCCUUGCGUUUUUUUUUUUAUUGUCAAGAGCAAAACAUUGAAUUACUUUAUUAUAAAGACAAGCAUGGGGGUACAGGACAAGACUUUAACAAAGGAUUCCUCGGAUAUGCAGCAUGGAAGGAAGCGCAAGUCGGUUAACAUCGCACCUUUACUGAAAUCCGUGGCCCUCAGUAUCUACUCGGGAUUUGGAUUCAAAUGGUAUAUGAUCAACGUGAACCGCUGUCGUUUUCGGAAGAGGCGAUACUUCAUCAACCUGACGAACUUCCCCGACCAACUGCCCAGGGUCCUUUCGAGCACCUUGAAGCUGCUCAACUACCCUAGCUGGACCACCAUCUUCACUUUGACCACACCGCGGAGCUUCCUGACCUAUCAAGCCUUUUUCCCAAUGACCUCCAUCGUAAGAUUGACCACCAAAGAUGGAACGGCUAUCAGAUCUGAACCAAGCCGAAAGAAGUUUAAAAGUUGGCUCCUGGCGAAACGCAAGAAACAAUAAACCCACUGUUUUAUUGGAAUUUUUAAAAUCUAAGCGAAUCAAGGAAUAAGGAAUUUCUCGGACUCCAGCUGACUGAAAAAUAAUGUAGACCUAAAGAAAAUACAAAUAAAAAGAGUAGGCUUUUAUUCUUCAG